AUGAUGCCAACAUGUGUGAUGCUUGGUCGCACGGUCAGCGAUGCAAACCUGCACGCAAGGAGGCCACGGCAUGGUCGAUCCAUGAACAGCUCGUCGCAGUGCGGAAGCAAGGGUCGCGCGCGAGCCGCGGCCGCGCGCGCAGGCAACGGUGCGGAGGCAUCAUGUUUCACUUGGGACAAGAAAGCUCUGGCGGCGGCGGUCUUCCACCAGCCGCGGACUUUCCCUUCCAAUUUCGAUGCUGGCAUGCAACCGUGCCGUGGACGUUGGUGCUACUUUGUACCCCAGGACGCUGUGUAG